GUAUCUCACCUUUCUCCGAAGUCCGAUUCGCAUCUCCGUCUCCAAGGCAGUGGCACUGCGGCUCUGUCUCCCGUAGCCGGAACUCUGCCUGCAGCAACAACGGCUUUCACUACCAACGAGGUAGAAACGUUCCGGCGACGACAACCCACUAGCGGCGGCGGCAGGCACUGCUCGCCCCUUCUUUUGUCUCCAAGAUUUCUGAAUCCAUUCAAUUUCUUCCGGAUUUCACAAACCAUUCUGUUUCAACCCUUCUCUGCUCGCCAGACGGCCAAUCAACUUCGGAUUUCUGAAUCCAACCCUAUCCCCAAAUUCUCUUCUCGUUCGUGGACUAACUACUUAUUACUGAGCUCAGAAACAAUGGAGUUCGAUAAGCGCAAAUUUGAUUUGCAAUUAAAUCUGUGGGCGCUUCGGAUUCCAUGCCAACAUUGCAAAAUUGCUGCACGGAUAUUCAACGGAUAUAUGCUCAACAGGCCCCGCAUAAAGCCUAUAAUGGAAGAUCCUACAAGUGAAAAGAACCGUUACUUAAUUUUAUCUGAAAACAUCCAAAGUUCAGAUCUAUCAGAAGUUCCAGCUCACAAGCUUGCUGAACUGAAAGCCCUUUGCAAGAUCGAAGUUGUCCCUUAUUCACUGACUUUGGGAUAUUCAUAUUGGAGUGCAGAGCAUAUACUAAAACAGAUUCUGCCUACUGGACUUGAAGUUCCAUCUUCAUUCGAGACAGUAGUUAAGUACUCUGUACUUCAUAAUGUGUACCGAUUUUCUGUGUUUUACUUUGCUCCUCAUUGCCCUUCUACAUUAACUCUUCGGCCUACCCCCCACCCCCCGUCAACUUAAUGUUUGGAUUACAAGCUUGCAGCAUUGGAACUAUCAUUUUUGGAGCCCUGAUAAUAUUAGGAUUACAUGGCAUUUGUGUGCAGGCCAUAUUGCUCAUUUGAACAUUACUGACGAGCUUCUUCCUUACCAGGAUGUGAUUGCAAAAGUAAUCUAUGAUAAAAAUUACCCCAGAAUCCAGACAAUUGUCAAUAAAGUUGGAAGCAUCACAAAUGAAUUUCGAGUUCCAAAGUUUGAAGUGCUAGCGGGGAAAGGUGAUAUGGUAACCGAGGUAAAGCAAUACGGAGCGACAUUCAAGCUUGAUUAUGGAGUGGUGUAUUGGAAUUCGAGAUUGGAACAUGAGCAUCUAAGGCUGGUCUCACAGUUCAAGGCCGGAGAGACCAUAUGUGACAUGUUUGCUGGCAUUGGUCCAUUUAGUAUUCCAGCUGCACAGAAAGGUUGCAGAGUGUAUGCAAAUGAUUUAAACCCAGACAGUGUCCACUAUCUGAAGCUUAAUUCUGAAAUCAACAAGGUUAAGGAUCUAGUCUUUGCAUAUAAUAUGGAUGCGAGAGAAUUUGUAUCUCUACUGAUGGCUGCACCUUCUAGUGAAGGCAAUUUGGAAUCUGAUGUUCUGUUGCAACCUUCUACGACAAGCGAUCGCAUCCAUGCAAAUGGAGUAACAAUGUCUGAAGACAUAAGUGUAUCAGAUGAGUUGAAACAAUUACCAGGCAAAAACUCAAAGAAUAUUGAGAGUGUUGAAGGGCAUGAUGACCCAUUUGUUAGGAUAGAUGCAAAUGGGACUGCUGCUAAAAGACAUUGUGAGAGUUCUCAAGGAAAUGAUACCGUUGAAGAUAGCAGUCCUCUGGUUCGUACAGGAAAGAGAGGGACAAAUAAGAGGAUUAGAAUUUUGGAUCAAUUUGACACAAAUCCAUGGGAGCAUGUGGAUCAUGUUAUCAUGAACUUGCCAGCCUCUGCACUGCAAUUUCUUGAUGCGUUUAGAGGCCUAAUAGAAAGGAAACAUUGGAAGGGCUCUUUACCUUGGAUUCAUUGUUAUUGUUUCAUGCGCUCAACAGAGACGACAGAAUAUAUAAUUUCAGAAGCAGAAACUGCCUUGAAUGCUAGUAUACCAGACCCAAAACUUCACCGGGUUAGAGAUGUUGCUCCAAACAAGGCAAUGGUUUGUUUAAGUUUUAGAUUGCCAGAGGAAACCUGUAAAGAUUACAAGGUCAACCACAACACUCCUUUAACUAAUGCUGAUUGACGCUUCUACUCUUAGGUAAAUCUGGUUUAUGAUCUCACUUGAGAGUAAAUCACAUGGUGCCACCACCCAACCUUGGUAAACAAUUUUUUCUUAGGGAGAAAGACCAAAGUAGGGCUAAAACAUUGAAAAUUUAUCAAAAUAGGACUUUCAUGUUUUUAUUCCCGAAAUAGGACUAAAAAUGCAUUUACAUUACCAAACAUGGUUAUGUACAUUACCAAAAAGUGUAGUAAUGUGUAUAUGUACAAUGCCACAUUACAACCACAUUACCACAGUAUGAAGUCAUAUUUCGAGAAAAAAAUAUGAAAGUCUUAUUUUGGUAUUUUUUUUCUAUGUUUUAGUUCUAUUUAGGGCGAUUUCUAUUUUUCUUAUCGUGCGAUGCUUUCUCAACGUCUUAAUGUAGACAUGACAAAUUUUAGUUUCACUCAUUUUUAACUUGUGACUCUAUGAAAACACUGGGUUUGAAUAAAGAUUUCACGAUGUU